CGCUAUUGGUUGAUUGCUAAUCAAGCGUUUAACACCAAGCUUGGCUUAUCACAUUUCAAAGAAACUCUCCGAAAGUAAGACUAGCUCUAUGAUGAAGUUCACGCUACUUUUGCUGCUUUCUGUACUGACUCUUGCCGUAUGCAAGGGCCAGAAAUGCUCACGUGACGAAGAUUGUCCUGAGAAUGGCUGCUGUGUGUCACGUGCGUGUCUCAACCAACUUUUAGCUAAUCAGGUCUGCUCUCAAUCCGGGUCUGCGAAGCGUUGCGCAUGCGCAGAGGGAUUGACUUGUCAAAUCACCAGAGAACUCAGACUCCUCAACCUUAUGCUGGAUUACAAGAUAGGCCAAUGCCGCAAACCAUGAACCUCUAGGCAUGACGUCACUGCAGGAGCUAGCCAAUAGAAUGACGAAUAAAAUAGCUUGUGCAUCCUA